CUGGUCAUCAAAGUCGAUGCCGUUCCAUUGGUGCCAAUCGCGAAGUCGCACAUUACAAAAAGGAUCCCCAACUCGUUGAGCAGAGUUUCUACCUCAAAGCUAGACAACACAAUUAGGAAAAGAUGAGCGCCGUGACAAUUCAACCACCACUGUCCCGCCGUGGCCACGGGCCUGGGCUCAUCAUCGUAGUUGAAGAGGGCAUCAACCUAUCCAAACAUGACAAGAUUCUGGACCCGCCUCCAUCGCAGAAAUGGGCAGAGGAAGGAUACGCCGUUGCGCAGAUAGUUGUUGCACCCGGGGCCGCAGACGUUGCUGGUCAGGUUACCUCGGCCAUCAAAAGUCUUAGAGAGCUCGAUAGUUGUGACGACAAGGACAGGCUUGGCGUCAUUUCCCUCAUCAGCAUCCCCUCUUCGGGACUUGUUGACGCCCUAGAAAGCCACUCCGAGAUCAAGGCGGCUGUGUUCUAUAACUUUGGCCAAGCACUCACAAUUCCGACCCUUUCGCAUCUCCCCAAAACCGUGACGGACAGUCCCAAGCCAACCCUUACGGCAAAGAUACACUCCUAUCCUGGAGCAAGCGACUUCUUCGUUGUCCCUAGCCACCCCAACUUCAACGCCAAUGCCGCAGGGCUCGCGCACACCCGCACAUUGACGUUCCUGAAACCCCUUCUCGGCGGGCCGUACUUCGAUCUCGAGGCCGUCUGGGAAGAGCACACCCUCUUCGAGUUUGGCGAGCGCAAUGUCGAAAAAACCAUGGCCACCAUGGUCGAGCAGCCCUAUGUCAACCACAUCCCGACGCUCACCGGUGGCGUGGGCCGUCAAUACCUGACCAGCUUCUACAGAGACCACUUCAUCUUCAACAACCCCGAUGACACCGAGCUCGAGCUGGUCAGCCGUACUGUAGGCAUUGACAGAGUUAUCGAUGAGUUCGUCUUCAAGUGCACCCACAACAGGGUCAUUGACUGGCUGCUCCCUGGUGUUCCGCCAACUGGAAAGCAUCUUUCCAUUCCCUUCACGAGUGUCGUCAACGUACGGGGCGAUCAUCUCCACCAUGAGCACAUCGCCUGGGACCAGGCUACCGCGCUGCGCCAACUUGGCCUCCUGCCCGAGUUCCUGCCGUUCCCCUAUCAGAUCAACGGUAGCGGCCCGGCCUCUGGAAAGAAAUUCGAAUUCAAGCUGCCUGUCGCCGGCGUAGAGUCGGCGCACAAGCUCGUUGAUGAGAGCGCGGUGGAGUCGAAUGCCAUGUUCGAGUAUGGAACGCGUGAGGUCGAUGCCUAGCUGGAUUGGUCCAGGAUGCUGUGACGUCAAGGUACUUCGAGGGCCUAGAUUUCCGGUAGAGAGUCAUGUCUAAGGUACUCUGAUUUUGGCGGGCGGUUUAUUUGUUGAAGCUGACAUCGCUCUUCUGUAUUAGGUUUCUAUUAUGCUCAGUUAUGAUAUGACAAAGUGAACGCUUCUCAUUAUGCAGUCGUCAAGACCCAUUUUCAGACUCGGUUUGAGGCCAUAUGCGAGGAUCCGCUCCGUGAUGAGGACUCGUACUUUGUCGAUGCAGUCGAGUCCUGACGAGACCGGCUCU